AGAAUUAUUCGGAAGAAUCAAGGUUAGAUAUGGCUAUGAACAAUAACAUUGAUGCAGUUUUGACUGAAUUAGGGUGGAACGAUGGAUUUCGUAUACCGGUAGCAAAUGAAGAAAACAAACGAUUAGAAGAAGAAAUUGAAAGGAAAAUGAAAUUGAAAGAAAAUUUAACCACGAAACUCGAAUCAACGGAGGAACGAAUUAAAAUGAUGAAAAAACAUAUUAACAAUUUAAUAACAGAGCAAGAUAUGAAUCAAAAACUUUUAACCGCUCAUUCAGUACAACUUAAAACUGAAGAUCAUCAUUACCGAUUGAGUUGUCAUACUGAAUCAAGUAUUUACCAAGAGGCGCGAAAUUUUCAAAAAGAAUGGCAAGAAGUAAAUGAAACGGUAGCAAACAUUGAAAGAGAAUUGCAAAAAGUAACAAAAAAAAUAGAAACAUCAAAAGAUAUAUUAAAAUAUGAUGAAAAGAAUUUACGAGAAAUGGAGGAGAUAUUAAAUGAAAAUGAAAAUAAUAACGAAUUAAUAGAGCAAUAUAUGAAAGAAGAUCUGAAAGAAUAUAAGGAACUAGAAUUAAAAAGACAGAAACUUAGUAUUGGAUUACAAACGUACCGUGAUUCAAUUAUUAAAACAACUAAUGAAACACGAGAAAUGGAGAUUAUACUUAGUCGAACAUCUACGCUGUAUAAUCAAGGAUUGAUAGAAUAUCGACAAAUAUUUAAUCAGUGGAAAGAAAGUGUAAUCAUGUUACAGCAAAAAAAUGACGAUAUCAAAAAGAUUAUUCAAGAAACAGAAGUAUUACACGAAAUUUCUGAAGAUAAGAAAAAAGUACUUCAAGAAUCAGAAAAAUUUUUAACGGAACAAAUUGAGAAUAAUAAACAUGUUCAAUAUUCAAUUAAGCAAUUAGAAAAAAAGCUUACUGCGAUGAAGGAAGAACAGGGUAAUUUGAAGGAAAUGAUUAAUGCAUACGAAAAUCAACUUGUUAUACAAAAAAAUGUCGUAAAAGAAUUGACUCAACGUGUACAACAAAUAAGAACUGAUGUAAAUCAUAAGAAGUCACAAAUACAAAUUAAAAAUGCAAAAAUAGAAAAAACAAAUACACAAGUAGCAGAUUUAACUGUAAAAUUACAAGACAUCACCAAUCAAAAAGUAAACAUUGAAGAAAAGGCAAAGGAAUUGGAGGAAAUGAUAGAGGAACAAGAGAAAAAGAAAUCCCAAAUGAUUAAAGAAAUAAAUCGAUUACAAAUGGCGAAUUUACGUGUAAUGGACCAAAUGAAAAACUUAGAAAAUGAGAGUAAAGUUUUAAAAAUGCAGUAUGAAAAAGAAUUUAAAAAAUGUGAAUAUUUAGACAAAUUAUAUGUUAAAGAAGAACAAAUUUCGGAAAAUAAAAAAGAAGUAUGGUAUCAAGCUGAAUUUGAAGUUCGAAAAUAUGAGAUGAAAUUGGAUAGAUUAAGAGGACUUGAAUAUGAUAAAUCUGAAAUCGAAAAAAAACAAAAGAAGAUCGAAGAACUUCAAAGUGCAUUAGAUGAAAAAAUGAAAGUGUCCAAGUUAUUGCAAAAACAGAUUAUCGCUUUAGAAGAUAAUAUGAGAAAAAUAUCAAAUAGUUUAGCACAUGAUAACAAUGAAUUAGAAUAUUUACAAAAUAAAAAGCAAGAUCUUGUUCUCGUUAUGAAUGCAGGAGAAAAAAGAUUAAAAGCUGCACAAAAUCGUUAUGAAGAGAAACAAGUAGAAGAAAGUAUGCUACGACUUAAAGUAUCUCAAAUGGAAAAAAUAAUAUCAAAUAUAGGAGAAAACGUUUAUGAUUUAGAAAGAUAUAGACUUGAAUUAGAAGCAGCAAUGAGGGAACGAAGAGCAGAAAUUAUUGUACAAAAGGAAUCUUUAAUCGUACAAAAAAGAAUUGCAGAUAGUGAAUGUUCAGAAUUAAGAAGUGCUAUUGCUGAAAGAAAUAUAAGAAUAAAACAAUUACAAGCAAGAUAUGACAAUUGUAUAGCGUUAUUAGGUACUAAUCCUGAUGGGACUCCAAUAAGUACUACUCAUAUGAAGAUUCAAAAUGCACAAGAAAGAUAUCUUUUACAAGAACAAGGCGAUAAAUUAGAUGGAACAAUAAGAAAAACUGAAGAUGAAAUACAAGCUAUGGAAAAUACAUUACGAGUAAUAAAUGUUUGUAAUGACAAAUACAAAGUAACUUUAACUCCAGAUGAUCAAAAUAAAUUAGAAGUAGAAGAACAUAGAAAAUUGGACGAAGAACUACAGCGUACAGAACAAAAUUUAAAGCAAAAAAAGGAAGAAUUACAGUGUUUAACUGAAAAUAUGCAGAAGAUACAAAAAGACUAUGUGAAAAUUCUUGAAAAUAUUGAGGAAACUCAAGAAUGCAAAGAAAGUAAAAAGCAAUAUUUAACUGAUUUGAAACAUCAAAUUCACGAACAAAAAGAAAAAAUAACAAGAGCUGAUAAAAAUUUACAAAAUGCCAAAAGAGGUGUUCAUCGACUGUAUGAAACUACAGGAGACAAAACUGUGCUGAUACAACAGAAAGAAGUAGAACUUCGUGAAUUGCAAGAACAAAAUUCCAUUGCUUUGCAAGAUAUUGCAGAAUUUACAGUUCAGCAUAUAGAAGUUGAGUCUUAUAUUAAAAAAUUAUUAACAUCUCAGAAUAUACAAUUACCAUCUACAACUUUGUUUAGUCAAUCACUAGGAUCUAAUCGAUCUAAUAGUAAUACAAAUUCAUCAGAAUGCUUACCAAAAAGUACAAAUAGAGAAAGUUAUGGAUCAUCUAAGGGAAGUAUUGGGCAUGUUGUCAAUAUAGAACCAGAAUUUGAAACUAUGAAUUGGGAUGUAAAAUGAACUUCGGAAUUUUUCUUCCACCACAAGCGGAAGAAGGUCCUGUACCAGUUAUUUAUUGGUUAUCUGGCUUAACAUGUACAGAAACUAAUUUUGUACAGAAAGCAGGUGCACAAAAAUAUGCUUCUGAACAAGGGGUAGUUUUAGUUGCACCUGAUACUAGUCCUCGCAAUCUUAAUAUACCUGAAGAAGAUGAUGAUUGGGACUUUGGAACUGGUGCUGGUUUUUAUGUUGAUGCAACAAAUGAACCAUGGAAAAGAAAUUAUAGAAUGUAUAGUUAUGUAACUAAGGAACUACCAGCUUUAAUUAAUGAUAAAUUUCCCAUUUUAUCAGAUAAACAAUCCAUAAUGGGUCAUAGUAUGGGCGGACAUGGAGCCUUAAUAUGUGCUUUAAAAAAUCCUGGCUUAUAUAAAACAGUAUCUGCUUUUGCACCUAUAAGUAAUCCAAUGUCAUGUUCAUGGGGGAAAAAAGCUUUGUCUGGUUACCUGGGUGGAACAGAAACUAAUGCUGUAUGGAAAGAGUGGGAUGCUACAGAACUGGCUAAAAAAUACAAUGGACCUCCUUUAGAUAUAUUAGUUGACCAGGGAAAAGAAGAUAAGUUUUUGAAAGAUGGGCAAUUACUACCAGAAAAUUUAUUAUCAGCUGCAAAAGAUGCUGGAUUAUCUUUAGUUCUUAGAUAUCAAGAAGGCUAUGAUCAUAGUUAUUUUUUUAUAUCUACAUUCAUAGAAGAUCACAUUAAACAUCAUGUAAAAUAUCUUACAUCUUAAUUCAAUUUAUGUACUUAUUUCUUUAUAAUGUUUUUGAUAUCAAAAAAUAAAAUGUUACAAUAAUAAUGAUAAUAACACCACAAAAAAUAUCUAUAACAUAUUUUUUCUAAGGUCAAAUAUUUUAAUUAGAUAUAUUAUGCAAGUAAAAAUAAUAAUUCCUUAUUGUUGUGCUAUAUGUGGGAAGCGUAUGGUCACGAAACUGGACGAAUUUUGAUAAGAGUUCCAAAAAUUCGGUCCAGAUGUUUCUAUAUUGUUCGGGAUGCCGUAAUUUUAAAGAAAUAUAUAACUUUGUAUUGACUGACUCAGCAUUUAACUAUUGUGGAGUUGAUUUGAAAUGAAUCUCAAUAUCUUAAUUCAUUAUACUUGAAUUUUUCCGAUCCAUACUAAACUUGUACAUUUUGAAUUAUGUGUGUUUUUCCUUACUAUCAAAUUUUUCAUAAUCUUUUUCAUUAGUUACAAAAAAUUAAUAAGUUUUCUUUUUCAUAUAAUUUCACUUUUUAUAACUUUCAUAAUUUUUCAUAAUAUUACAAAUAUACAAAGUAUAUUAGUAUCAAUUUCAUAACAAAGAGGUAUUAUUUAGACCUAGAUGGUUCACGGAUUUGAUGCCAAAAUAC